AUGCCCACGUUUAAUGGGGUAGAAACUCCCAAUGGAGGCUCACCGGACGGCCCAGAUCAAUCCAAAAUUUGUCCUCCUCCUCGUCGAGAUUCCCGUGACCUCCCAUCUUUAAUGUUGCCUUCUUGUUAUCCUAUUACUCUCAAGUUUAUGGAAGUGGGGUAUAGAGUGAAAUAUGGGAACAAGAACAAAGGCAGCAAUAUCAAGAGGAUUUUAGGCCAUGGCCCAACAAGUUCUGAUCAAAUUCAAGAACGUACAAUCUUGAAUGAGAUAACUGGCUUGGCAUCCCCAGGGGAAAUCCUGGCCAUUCUUGGUCCUUCGGGGAGUGGAAAAUCAACGCUUCUCAAUGCACUUGCAGGGAGAAUCCAAACAAACGGUUUCACAGGAACGAUCCUCACAAACAACAAAAAACCAACAAAACAGAUAAUGAAAAGAACCGGUUUUGUUACUCAAGAUGAUCUUCUCUAUCCCCAUCUUACGGUCCGUGAAACCCUAGUCUUUUGUUCUUUACUUCGCUUACCAAAAUCACUAUCAAAACAAGAAAAGACAACCGUAGCUGAGUCAGUCAUAUCCGAGUUGGGGCUAACGAAAUGUGAAAAUACAAUAAUUGGAAACAGUUUCAUACGUGGGGUUUCUGGUGGUGAAAGAAAGAGAGUGAGUAUAGCUCAUGAGAUGUUGAUAAACCCUAGUUUGCUCAUUCUUGAUGAACCCACGUCAGGUUUGGACGCAACUGCGGCUUACAGGCUGGUUUUGACAUUAGGAUCACUUGCACAAAAGGGAAAGACUAUAGUUACAUCCAUGCAUCAACCUUCAAGUCGAGUUUACCAGAUGUUUGACUCAGUUCUGGUGUUAAGUGAAGGAAGGUGUUUGUAUUUUGGCAAAGGAGGUGAAGCUAUGGCUUAUUUCGAAUCGGUUGGGUACUCACCAUCUUUCCCCAUGAAUCCUGCUGAUUUUCUCCUUGAUCUCGCUAACGAGUCAAAAGAUGAGAUGACUGUGGAACUUGAUGGUGAUGGCAAAAGAGUCAGGUCAGGGGGGUCCAUUACGAAGAAGACAACAUCAUGUGGCAUGUAG